GAUAUUUCACUUUGACAGCUACAUCUCUGACUAUUUUUUAGAGAGAACUUUCUAAGCUCUGAAAUUUCUGUCGAUGAGAAAAUGGAGUCACCUUCGUCGUGUGGAGCUCUAAACGCUUUGAUAUCAAUUCUCUUUCCGUCGAGAUCCAACACUUGUGAUUUCGACGAAAGCCCUAGGGAUUUGCUCAAGGACUUGGCCGCCAGAGAAUUCAAUGCUUUUCUUUGGAUUUCUCUCUUAACAAUCACUGCUCUGCUUAUUAGGAGAGUCUUUAAACUUUUCCAAUUAUGGUCCAAAGGCAGUCGGAUUCCUGGGCCUCCUUGCCCUUCCUUUUAUGGCCACUGCAAACUCAUCUCCCGCGAAAACCUUACCGACUUUUUAUCGGAUUCGCACGAGAAAUAUGGAUCAGUUGUGAAGCUAUGGUUGGGUCCGACUCAGCUUUUAGUUUCUAUAAAAGAACCGAGCCUUAUAAAAGAGAUGCUUUUUAAGGCUGCUGAUAAGUUGCCUUUGACUGGGAGAGCGUUUAGUUUGGCUUUUGGACGAUCCAGUCUUUUCGCUUCCACCUUCGAUGAGGUGCAAAAGAGAAGGGAAACUUUAAUGACAGAAUUAAGUGAAAGAUUGCUAGAGAGAGCAAAUGUGAUUCCUAAAAAGGCCGUGGAACGCAUAAUGGAGAGGAUAAAUAGGUCCAUGGCUAAAGGGAGUGUUGAUUGUAAAAUGGUUUCUCAAAAUAUGGCGUUUACCAUAUUGGGAACCUCACUGUUCGGAGAUGCAUUUUUAGCUUGGUCCAAGGCCAAUGUCUAUGAGGAGCUCCUUAUGAUGAUUGCAAAAGAUGCAUGCUUCUGGGCUUCAUACAAUAUUACUCCCUUCUGGAAGCGGGGAUUUUGGAAGUACCAGCAUUUAUGCACAAAGCUGAAAUGCUUAACUCAGGACAUUGUUCAACAGUGCAGAAGAAACUACAAGCUGUUUCAUGUCAUGGAUCAGGACCACUUCAAUGAAACAGCAUAUACAGGAAAGUAUGCAGCAUACGGUGCUUCAUCUUGCUCCAAUGGUUUGAUGCCAAAUAAAUUUUUCUUUCAAGAGUAUAAAGGCCAUCAUGAUGCGGGAAAAGAUGAAGCAUCUGGUAAUAUUAUGGGCAUGAUGUUUCAUGGAUGUCUUACCACGACAGGCUUGAUUAAUAAUAUCUUGAUGAGACUUGUUACACACCCAGAAAUACAAGAUAAGAUUUACAAUGAAAUAAUCAUGGCUCAGGAAAAUUCAACCAUGCCAGAGGAACAAAAUGUUGAUAAGAUGAUCUUAUUGUUGGCAACUGUUUAUGAAUCUGCCCGUCUUCUUCCUGCUGGGCCUUUGCUUCAGAGGUGUUCUUUGGAAUGUGACUUGAAUCUUGAAAGUGGUGUGGCCAUACCAGCUGGAGCAGUGCUGGUCGUGCCUGUUCAGCUGGUGCAGAAGGAUGGUUUAAGUUGGGGAAGUGAUGCUAAUGAGUUUAAUCCUUAUCGAUUCUUGUCAAAAACUAGAAAGAGAUCUGACUUGGUGCUCAAUACAUCCUUUUCAGAUGAAGCAGCAGAUCUGGGUGAGAGCCCUUUUGUUUUGAAUGAUCCAAGCAAAAAUGCUGCAUUUCUUCCUUUUGGUUCCGGCAUACGUGCAUGUGUGGGCCAGAGAUUUGUAAUCCAAGGAGUGGCAGCAUUGUUUGCAUCAUUGCUUAAACUAUAUGAGAAUCACCAAGUAGGAAAAACAAGGGACUGGCUUGAAAAUGACAGUUGGACCUACCCUAGUAUUUUAAGAUGGAUUGCUUCACCAAUUUUAUAUAACUAGCUUGAUAUCUAGACAGUUGAACUAGUGCACUGAUACUGAAAUCCGUAAUAGUUUGGUCAUAAAUAAAUAUUAACUUCUCUAAGAUGUAAAAUUAGGGGUAAGGGUUUGUUAGUUAGCUAUUUUCCUACCUACAUAUAAAUUUUAUGUAUUCAGUGUACCAAAAGCAGAAACAUAUAAACAACUUGUUUUUAAAUUGACAGUUCUUAUGGGUAUGUUGCUGCCUAUAUAAAAGGACUUUCACUUUAUUCUAGUCCAGACAUAAAUAGAAUUAAUGGUUCUUCUCCUUCUUCUUCCUUGCCCUUCUGUUGCAUCCUCUUGUUUUUGUGGUCAUGCAUUAGUUUAUCCUAAUAUGACAUUGGCUAGCCUGAAUAGUCAAAAUGGGUCUACGGUUUACUUUUUUUUUUUUUCUACCAUGCAUAUUUUCAUGACCGACUCCACAUAAAGACAUACCAUAAACGAUAUCUAUGUUAGGAAUUCAGUUGCAGAUGUGCUCAUCCUUGUACAAUAAACCUGACCUUUUACUUGUUGAUGAUCUUGAAGUCUAAAUGCUCCUAAUUUUAUU